AUACUCGACGUUUCAACAACAUGUAAACGCCAUUUUGAAGUAGUUCAGGUUAGGGAAGUCUAGGACCAUCUGCUUAUGAAACUAAAAUUGGACUGUUAAACUGUAGAAACUUUUAACUUGUUAUUCCUAAAGAUGGACUCUAAUGAACACAGUCACUGUGAAGAUUCACACGAUGAUUUUGGCUUGGUCAAUAAUUCGAAAGAUAGUGCAGCCAAAAUUUCAACAGAUAAACUUCCUGACGGCCAGAAGCCUAACAAAACUCCCACCAGCUCCAAGACUGCUGCGGAUAACAGCUCAGUGAAAUCAAAGUUGCCAACUACCAAUAGCAAAAACAUCGACGAACAAGGCGUAAAACUUCCUCGUACUUUCGUUGUCAAGUACUUAGGAAAGCGUGAUGCCCGUGGUCUCUGGGGAAUCAAGAAUACUCGAAAACCAGUGGAUGAUAUGGUUGCAGCUUCACGUGCAAAUCAGUCCGAAACACCUCUGCCUUUCAUUCAACUUGAGGUGUCUUUAGAUGGUGUGACAAUUAGCGCAAUGCCCCAAAACAAAAAUCCUAAUUUUGAUAAAGGGACUUACCCGAUUGAUUCGAUAUCAUAUGGUGUCCAAGAUUUGGUGUAUACCCGAAUUUUUGCCAUGAUAGUUGUUCAUGAUACCAAAGAUGUUUUCCGAAAUCACCCCUUUGAAUGUCAUGCUUAUGUGUGUGACAAGCACCGAAGUGCUCGAGAACUCACAAUGGCCUUGGCUGCAGCUUUUCGAGCUUUCAGCGAGACAGCCAAGAAGAAGGGUUUUAAAAAGAAUCCCAAGAAAUUUGCAAUUGAUCUAAGAAAGUCUGAAGAAUUACAAGCUGAAAUUGACGAGGCAAAGGAUGACGACUCGGAGGUGUAACACGUGAUUAAUUUUGUAGUUACGUUUAAACCUUAGAAAAAUUAUGUGUCAAUGUAUUGUUUGUUCAGAGAGUGAAUUGUAUCUGUAUAACUUUACCAUAGAUUUAUGUGCACGAGUGUUAUUGAUAAAAAAUAAUUUUCGUAUAAAUUGAAUGUAGUAGUUUGAUUAGUUGUGUAAUUUUGUCUUCAUUGUAACUCUACACUUCUAUCUGAUUUAUAUGUUGGUGCACUGGAAGUCACAUUGGGCUAUCUGCUGUGUCCACUGCGGGGAAUUGAAUCCCGCAUUCUGGAAGUGUAAGUCCGUAGACGUACUGCUGUUCCAUUGGGGAACAUUAAUAAAUGAAAGAAAAAGAAGAGUACUGAUUGGUUUUAAAUUACUUUGGAUAUACCAAUAAAUACGUAAGAUUUUUUUUGUGUGUUUAAUGUAAGUUUCUUAACUUAUCAGCCACUUUAUGUUUCCAAAAAUAUAUAAUUUUAAGUUUGGUUAUUUGAGGUUAAACUUUUGUAAUUUUCAAAUGGUACACAAACUGGAAAUGUUCUCAUAACAUCAGGUAAUUUUAUUAAUAAAAAUACAUUAGUAGGUAUUUUCUUUCAGUCGUCUUAAAAUGGAACGUGUUGUUUAAUGUCGUGACCUUUGGAUUUUACGUCAUUAUCGAAAAUAUAAUAAAGAAUGCUUAACCAUGGAAAGUAAAAAGACUGAUUAUUAUUAAGCCCGUUUACAAUAAAUGUGUGAAGUACUAUACAAUUUCAAAAUGUCCUUUCAAAUCUGCCCUUUUUUCAUGAAAGAAUGUGGUUUAAGAGCCAUAGUUUGGCUCUAUCUACGUUCAGAUCGUACUUAUUGAUGUUAACUUUCUUAUAGGAUUUAUUUUGUUUGCUUAAAAAACGAAAAACAGAUUUCCUAAGAAAUGCACGACAUUAAAAACCAUUUAACACUUAAAAAAUCACAACUUUGACUCAUUCGGUAUUAUUGGAGGAUUUUCUUAUUUUUUCUGAACAAAUAGGAGUGUUUUCUUCUCAACUCACUAAUCAUCCCUUCUUUGAUGCAAGUCUGUCAUUAGAACGCUGCCAAGAAUUUUGAAAGUACGUGGUAAGGAACACCCGGAACAGUUGAAAGUUGGUAUAUUUCAUUUUUCCGAUGUAUUUUUCAGUUUUACUGAAGAGCACUAAACCUGUAUGAACAUAGUUCAUACUAGUAGAUGUUUUGUUCGGUUUUACUUCAUAGCAUUAACGUGCAUUCACUUGUAUGAACAUAGUUCAUACUAGCAUAUUUUUUGUUCAGUUUUACUGCAGAGCACUAAACGUGUAUGAACAUAGUUCAUAUUAGCAGAUGUUUUAUUCAGUUUUACUGCAGAGCACUAAACGUGCAUCCACUUGUAUGAACAUAGUUCAUAUUAGCAGAUGUUUUAUUCAGUUUUACUGCAGAGCACUAAACUUGCAUUCACUUGUAUGAACAUAGUUCAUAUUAGCAGAUGUUUUAUUUAGUUUUACUGCAGAGCACUAAACGUGCAUUCACUU